AUGGAUCAAAGCACCAAAGGCCUUCAACAGUUAACCUCAAUGUUCCCUGGCAUUGACGCUGAAGUUUGCGAAGCUGUUUUGAGCGCGAAUAAUGGAGACAUGGGCGCAAGCAUAACCACUUUACUGGGCAUGUCUGAUCCAAACUUUAAAAGUGAAGAAGCGAUUCCAAUUCAAGCCGAUGAUGGAUUUGUGACAUCUUCAUCAAGGUUACAGAUCGAACGUGAUGAGGAGUUGGCAAGACAGUUGGCCGCUGAAGAAGAUAGAGAAUAUGGCGCACCACCGAACCCUGUUAAUCAACAGCCACAACAACAACAAUCAUCACCUUCCGGCUUUCCUGACUUUUCAGAAGAGCUACCCAUCAUCAAAGAAAAGAUUGUUCAAGCAGCCGACACGACGAAAAAGAAGGUCAAAGAAUGGUAUGAUAAGUUUAAACAGUCACGUGACGACCAAGGUCAAUCAAACACUCCAUUAUACACCAGUUUACCUGGUGACGAGGCCGACAAUCAUAUUCUCGACGAGGAUUUCUUAAACAAUCACAGUCGUCGCCAAAAUAAUCCUUACAUCUCACCGUUAAGAUCUCGGCCUGAGUAUGGGUCAUAUGGUACUGAUGUUACCAGGGAUAUUGAUCGCCAUAGUAAUCGUGAGCCUAUAAAGAUCAUCAGAAGUGAUCAGAAUAACAAUUCAUUAAUAAAUGACCUAUCAGAGAAAGAGGUUGGUGAGGAGAGUGUAGCACCAUAUAAAAUAUAUGACGAAGAAACUGAUAUUGAUAAUUCCAAUGAGUCAAAACAAACCCAUCGUACCGAAAAAGUUUCAACUGGGGGGCACAAUGCUCAAGAUUUGGACGACGACUUUAUGAAAGAUUCGUCGAAGUAA